GUUUGGGGAAGGCUGCCACCUCCCUCGGUCCUCUGAAGGAGCCUGGUCCUCCCUCUCCUGGGGCCCACACUCUCCCCAGCAGCCACCCCAGAGGCCUCUCCUCCGGCCUCGCGGGCUCUGCUUGUCUUCUCAUCCCCGGGAGGAGAGUGAGGCCAUGGGGCUGCCCCUGCUGCUGCCCCUGCUGCUGCCCCUGCUGCUGCUGCCACCGGCAUCUCUGCAGGGUGAUCACUGGGCACAACCAUACUUUCAGUUUGAGAUGAACCAGCCAACACAACUCUCAGCCCCUGAGGGUGGCUCCAUCCACAUCCCCUUCUCCUUCAACUACUCCCUGGACUCAGGCAAGGUUUCCAAUGUGAAUAUAUCCUGGAGAUGGAAACACUUCCAUGGGGAUUUCAUCUACAAAACGACCCCCCGACUCAUCCAUAAGAACUUCGAGAACCGGCUCCUCCUGAACUGGGAAGAGGGUAUGAAGAACGGCUCCCUCCAGAUCUCGAACCUGCGGAGGGAGGACAAGGGUUUGUACUUCUGCCGGGUGGAGAUGAUCACAGAGAAAUACGGUGCAUGGCAGUGGCAGUCCAUCCAGGGGACCGAGCUCACGAUCACACACGCUGCCAAGACGGCCACCCCAGGCCCCACCACUUCUGCCAGCACCACGGCCACCACUGCAGCUGACCUCUGGGACCUGGAGGGGAAAAGGAGUUCAGGGUGUUGGCUCCUGAAUAAGGAAGCAGUGGUCAGGUUGGCCCUGCCCAGCGCUGUGCUCAAGAUCGCGAUUUUGGGACUGAUGGUCUUCCUCAGGUGGAAGAGAAGCAAAGGUCUGCAGACUAAAGCCAGAACCCCCGCCAGAGGAUCCUUCCAGAACCUGGAGGAGAAAUACCAGAACAUUGGGAACAAAGAGCAACAGACAGACCCCGAGGAGUGUCAUAAGAGAAGCAGCUCAGACCUGGCCUGAAAUGUUACAGGGAAGUCUGGAGAAGGUGGGGUGGAAGGAACAGAGGGACUGUGGUGUGGGCAGGGCACUCGGCAUAGGAUCCCUGCUCUGAGAGGGGACAGCCCCCACCCCCUGUCUAACCCCCUUCCCUCUCCAUUCUCACCCAGGAUGAUGGCAUCCUCUAUGCCUCCCUCACCCUCCACAACGUGCCCUCACCGGCCGCACCUCCGUGCCCUCCCGCCCACGGGGGCCCCCAGCAAGAGACCCUGUACUCUGCCCUGAAGACCUAAGGACUGGGACGAGUGAUGACCUCCUUAGGGUCAGCCGUGCACGGGGAUCUCACUUCCCCAUAAUCACAGCCACACACAGACCGCUCAGAAGCCAGCAGGUGCCGAAGGCCACCGAGGACCUGAGCACCUACCUGCUCCAAUUCCUCUUCGACUUCCCAGCCCUUGACCACACAAAUAAAAGUACCUGUAUGAUUUGA